AUGGGCAUUUCUGAACAAUAUUUCCCCAACGAGCCAACUGCUCCAGUUGUUGCUACUACUGAAUUCCCUGGUCCAAAGUCUCAAGAAUCUAUUGCAGCUUUGAAUAAGGUGUUUGAUAGUAGAGCUUCCUACUUUGUUGCUGACUACGAGAAGUCUUUAGGUAACUAUAUUGCUGAUGUUGAUGGUAACAUGUAUUUGGAUGUCUACGCCCAAAUUGCUUCCAUUGCUUUAGGUUACAAUAACCCUGCCUUGAUUGAAGUUGCCAAAUCUGAUUUGAUGACUAGAGCAAUCGUUGACAGACCUGCCAUGGGUAACUUCCCAAGUAAAGAUUUGGAAGGCAUUGCUUCUGAAAUCUUGAAGGUUGCUCCAAAGGGUCAAGAUAAGCUUUGGUCUGGGUUAUCUGGAGCUGAUGCUAAUGAAUUGGCUUUCAAGGCUGCUUUCAUGUGGUACCAAGGUAAGAAGAGAGGUUACACGACUGAAUUUACUGAUGCUGAAAAUGAAUCUGUUAUGAAGAACCAGGCUCCUGGUUCUCCAGAAUUGGCUAUCUUGUCAUUCAAGAGAGCUUUCCACGGAAGAUUGUUUGCUUCUGGUUCUGCUACUUGCUCUAAGCCUAUCCAUAAGUUGGAUUUCCCAUCUUUCAACUGGCCAAAGGCUGAGUACCCAGAAUACAAGUACCCAUUGUCUGAAAACGAAGCUUACAACAAGGAAGAAGAUAAGAGAUGUUUGACCAUUGUUGAGGAUAUCUUCAAAUCUUGGGCUAUUCCAAUUGCUGCCUUAUUGGUUGAACCAAUUCAAUCUGAAGGUGGUGACAACCAUGGUUCUGCUGAAUUCUUCCAAGGUUUAAGAGACAUUACCUUGAAGUACGGUGCUGCUUUGAUCAUCGAUGAAGUUCAAACUGGUGUUGGUGCCACUGGUAAGUUCUGGGCCCAUGAACACUUUAACAUUACCCCUGCUCCAGAUUUUGUUACUUUCUCCAAGAAGUUCCAAUCUGCUGGUUAUUUCUUCCAUGACUCUGAAAUUGUUCCAAAGCACACAUACAGACAAUUCAACACUUGGUGUGGUGACCCAGCCAGAAUGAUCUUGGCCGGUGCCAUUGGUUCUGAAGUUACCAAGCACGACUUGGCUGCUAGAGCUCAAGAAGUUGGAGCUUACUUGUUUGCCAAGUUAGAAGCUUUGCAAUCCAAAUACCCCAAGUUGAUGAAGAACUUGAGAGGUAAGAACAGAGCUACCUUCAUUGCUUGGAGUUUUGAAGAACCUUCUCUCAGAAACAAGUUCUUGGCGGACAUGAAGACUGUUGGUGUUAACAUUGGUGGUUGUGCUGAAGACUCUGUUAGAUUGAGACCAACUUUGGUUUUUGAAGAGAAGCACGCCGACAUUUUGGCUGCUGCUAUUGAGAAGAUCUACUCUUCUUACUAA